AUGAGCGGUGGAAACAGCGCCACCAACAAAUGUGGGCUUGCGGAGCUCCUGAUUUUCAUGGCCGCAAUCAUUUGUGGAACAGGAUGUUCCAUCUGCUCCAAAACCAUGAUGGAACUUCGUGGCGAAGGAAUUACUGGUGAAGAGGAAGUAUUCCAAAAGCCAAUCUUUCAAACGUUCGGAAUGUUUGUCGGUAUGAUGUUUGGUCUGGUGAUGCACAAAGUGGUUGUCAUCUUCAAGAUUCCUUUUCCAGGUUAUGAUCACGGCACUGACAAUUCUGCCGACGGAGCAGGGGGCUUGGCAUCGGGUGCCAAAACCUAUGGAUCCAUUGAUGCAGAAGCCGACCCUCUUGUCAAGAAGGAAGAGCAAGCAUCUUCGGGCUCACAACAGCUUCCAGUUUGGAUGUACUUUUUCUUGGCAAUUCCUUCCGUUUUUGAUUUGGCAGCGACAGCACUUUGUAUGAUGGGACUGCAAUACAUCGAUGUUAGUAUCUACCAACUGUUAAGAGGAUCUGGUAUCAUCUUUGUGGCACUAAUGAAGCAACACGUUUUGGGGCAUCACUUGUUCAGCUUUCAAUGGAUUGGAGUCUUUUGGAACGUCAUGGCCGUCCUCGUGGUUGGUGGUACUGCCAUUCUCAACGAAUCGGAAAGCGACGAAGCAGACCAAUCUGGAGACGCCUUGUUGGGUGUCAUGUUGGUCAUGGCAGGCGCUGUUGUCCAGGCGAUGCAAUUUGUCUUUGAAGAGAAGGUCAUGACCAUGGACAUCCCAAGUCCACCUCUUUUGCUUAUUGGCAUGGAAGGAUUGUGGGGAACCGUUCUUUGUCUCUUGAUUGUGUACCCUAUUGUCUAUUAUCUUCCAGGAGACGAUCAUGGAUCCUACGAAGAUCCAUGGAAUACUAUUCACAUGUUUAUGAAUACACCGACGAUUCAGAACGCGUUCAUUGUGUACUUUCUCGUGAUCUUCCUUUACAACUUCUUUGCUGUUUUGGUGACAUUCAUGCUCAACUCAGUUUGGCAUGCCAUUUUGGACAACUUUCGUCCUAUCACCGUUUGGAUUGUCGAUCUUUUCAUCUUCUACGUCAUUUCACAAGGGACGUUUGGAGAGGCAUGGACGAGAUGGAGUUGGCUGCAAGUUUUUGGAAUGGGAAUCCUUCUCUAUGGAACUGCCGUUUACAAUGCUCCAAACGCUGGAUCGAUUCGAUUAGAAGGACGUUGGUUUGAUUUUGGACUCGACUUUCGAAGUGAGUACACCGAGAUCGAGUCCGAAGAACAAGGUGCGGAGCUGGACCAGGAAUGGCGCGAAAAGAUGGAUACUUUCAAGGCACGCAAAGAUUCGUCGUUUUAUGGAGAGCGAUCUCCUCACGUCUCUGUGCACACACAAUCAUUGCGUGGACUGGCAACUAACAUCUAG